GUUAAGAGCAGUGAUUUUUAUAGAGUUCAAAACAGAAACACACACAUGUGUUUCGUUGGUUUGAGCAUUUGUUGUUUUCAAAAUUGGAGGCCUAUGAAAUAUUUACAACAUUGAUUGUCAGUCAUGAAUCUUGGGAGUAUUUCGAUUCGAUGGACGCUUGACAAAUAUUAAUAUUAUAUUAAACAAUAUGCAAAACAUACUUUGCGUCGCUCGUUGUUCCAAUGAACUUGAAGAAUUUCGACAAAAUCAAAUCAAAAAAUUACUAUCGAGUGAAACUGGUUGGGAUCGAGUUAAAAGAAUGUACAUCAGUAUGGUUUCCAUAAGUCCAGAAUUGAGUCAGAUUGUAUGGAAUUGCACAACAGUUUCUCUUGUUGUUGGAUUUUACGGAGCACUUUCUCACAUGCAACAGGCUAAAACAGAUCAUCUUCGAAAGAAUGUUGCAUCAGUUUUUGAAAGCCAGCAUUUAGCAAGGAGAAAACUUCAAGAUACAAUGACUCUUUCGGGAAUAAAAGGAGGUUUUAUGUAUGCACUACGAUAUGGUUCUUUUAGUUCACUAUAUUUAUUAUUGACAAUGACAGCAGCUAACUACAACAACAAGAUAACAGUGUGGGAGCAUAUAGCUAGCGGGACACUAUUAGGAAGUAUCUUUAGAAUCAACUAUGGACUGAAAGGAAUGACAGCUGCUGGAGUAACUGGUGGAUUCCUUGGGUAACAUAUAUAUAUAUAUUAAUCAGUACAAUUUUUGUAAAUAUUUAAAAAAAAUUAUGUCGAAGAAUUUGUAUGU